AAUAAAGAUGGCCGCCGAACAGGUGCUCGAACAGAGAUGAAGGAUUGAAGUAACGUUUUACUUUAAUUAAUGAAUUAAUUUAAGGCUUUCGAGAUUCAAAUUCGAUUAUUUAAGGAGUAUAUUGACAUAACAUCCAAUAUCCGGACAUAAUGUCCGAGCAAACGGGUGCUAAUCGCGGUAAAAUUCGCACUGGAAGUGCUGAAGCCAAGAAUAAGUCGAGAUUAGCAGCUUUGGCACCAGGGGAAAACAUCAAAGAAAAACAGCAAAAGUUAAAAGAAGAGAGGGAACAGAAACGAGCCCGUCUCGAUGAACGCCAUCAUUAUAUUUUACAGACUGUCGCUGACAGUCUGGCCUUGGAGAAAUCUGAGGUUGAAGACUAUAUUCUUGAAGGAAACCAGAUUGAGACAAUGGAUAAGUUUAUGAGUGAAAAUGGUAUGAUGAGGUUAAUGUUUUAUUACCAGGAACCAGAGCCAGAAAAAGAACAUGUGGAUCAUGUAAGAUUAGGACCACCUACAACUAAAGUCAUACGUUCAAAUAAACCUAAGGUUUUUAUUGCUGAAGGUACAGACAUACCUUUACGAGGUGUGGGUCUGAUUUUCACAAAAUCAUCUCAAAGUAAUCUUGCCAUUACAGAAGCCAACCAUGCAAAGGAAGUGAAUUUUACAAGAUUAGAUGCUAAUACUGAAGGUGCUAAUGGUCGUGGUUUACUGAAAGCUGUUGAAAAUCUCUUGUCUAGUAUUUUCAUCCCUGCUUUACGUAAUUUAGACAAAGGUUGGGGUCAAUUAAAUGAACAACCUUCUGGUGACCAGGUUCGAGCAGAUUUCCUCAACUCACUUGAUUCUUUUGUUUCUGUCUUAGUUGGAGCUCAAGAAUCUCUACAGCAAAAAGUCACAUUAAAACCAUGUGAAGGUUAUGAUCUAAAUAAGAUUCAUACACCUAAUGAUUAUUUGACAGUUGCUAAUAGUAGCGAAUCAUUAGAAAGUAUUGAAGCUUGUAUGAGAGUCUGGAUAAAACAGAUUGAACAAGUUCUAGCAGAGAGUGAACAGAUGCGACGUGAAGCAGAUGACAUUGGACCAAGAGCAGAAUUAGAUCAUUGGAAGAAAAGAAUGUCAAAGUUCAACUAUUUAUUGGAUCAGAUCAAAGGGCAUGAUGUCAAGGCUGUUCUUGGUGUUCUUCAUGCUGCCAAAUCAAAACUGAUCAAGACUUGGCAAGAAUUGGAUAGAAGAAUAACAGAUACAGCUAAUGAAGCUAAAGAUAAUGUUAAGUUUUUAUAUACUCUGGAGAAAUUCUGUGAUCCGCUUUAUAAUAGUGAUCCAGUUGGAAUGUUGGAAGCUAUACCUGGUUUAGUUAAUGCUAUUCGUAUGAUACAUAGUAUAUCACAAUACUAUAAUACAUCAGAAAGAAUGACAUCUUUAUUUGUUAAGAUUACCAAUCAGAUGAUAACAGCAUGUAAAUCUUAUAUAACAUAUGAACAUAGUGAGACUGUAUGGUCACAACCUAUUGAUGUAGUUAUGAAGAAAUUAAAUGAUUGUAUUAAACUGAAUGAAGAAUAUCAGGAUUGCUUCCAUAAGACGAAAGCGAAAUUAGAAAAGAUGCCGAACGAGAGACCGUUUGAUUUCUCAGAGAUGUAUAUAUUUGGUAAAUUUGACACCUUUACAAGACGACUGAAGAAAAUUAUCAACAUGUUUGAUACAAUGGAGAUGUAUUCUCAUUUGGCUGAUUCUAGGAUCGAAGAUAUGGAGGGAGCAGUGAGUAAGUUUAAUGUGAUAGUUAUUGCAAUGAAGAAGAAACCAUACGAUUACCUUGAUCAGAGAAAGAUGGAAUUUGAUCAAGAUUUUGAUGAAUUCAGGAGACAAAUUCAGGAUUUGCAUGCAACUAUUGUUCAAUUUAUGGAUAGUAAAUUUGAAAAGAUUGCUAGUACACAGAAAGCUCUUUAUCUACUACGAAAGUUUGAGCGCCUCAAUCUACCUAAUCUUGGAAUACAAGAAAAAUAUCAACGCAUCUUGAGCCAUUAUAGUCGUGACAUUGAAAAUGUAUCCCGUCUAUAUCAGAAGAACAAGACAGAUCCUCCAAUAGCUCGUGAUCUUCCACCAAUUGCUGGAAAGAUUGCUUGGGCUCGGCAACUGUUUAGACGUAUUCAAGAACCAAUGGAAGUGUUUCAACAACACCCUCCCAUACUUCAAACAUCUGAAGCCAAGAAGAUCAUCAAAAAUUUCAACAAACUAGCUAAAGUCCUGCUUGAAUUUGAAGUUCUUUAUCAUAGAGGCUGGAUAAGACAGAUGGAAACAGUGAAAUCUGGACUUCAAGCUGCUCUGUUGAUUCAAGUAGUGCAUCCAGAAUCUAAAGAAUUAUUUCUGAAUUUUGACCCCCAAAUUCUGUCAAUGAUACGGGAAACUGAAUGUAUGAGUCGACUUGGACUUGAUAUUCCACCAAUAGCUAUCAAGAUGAGAGCUAAACAAAUUGAAUACAAGGAUAAUUACAAUGCUUUACAGAUGAUGUUGGAAGAAAAUCAACGUGUUCGAGCAAAAAUACCUCAAGCUUUUGAAACGCUAAUGGGACAUCAUCUAGCGAAAGUUGAUGACGCUAUUGAACCUGGUAUAACAACAUUAAACUGGAUGUCACUUGGUAUUGGUGAUUAUAUUGCAAAUGUCUAUGCUAAAUUAGCUGAUCUUGAACUACUGAUGAACAGAGCACAUGAUGUAACAGAAUUUCGAAUUGACACCAUCUUACGGGAUAUGGCUUCUACCAAAUUGUGUGAAUUGCCUGAAGAUGAACCCUGGACUGUUGAAAAAUUCCAAGAAAAUACCCAGAUGUUAUGUGCUAAAGGAGCUCAGAUACUGCAGACUAAGAGCCAGACAGUAGAAGAGGCGGCCAAUGAACUGAUUAACAUGCUGGUGAACUCGGAACCUGAGACUGCCGAAUCUGAGGAGGAAGAGGAAGAAGAGGGGGAGGAAGCAGGUGAUAAUACAGAUAGAAGUAAACCAGCAUCUGCCAAGUCAAUCAGUCGGCAAUCACGACCACUCUCAUCAAAAGCUCAAAGUGUUGCUAAGAAGAAGAGAGAAAUGAGGGAGAACCUAGAAGAGUCUGCCAUGGAAUUACUGAUUCAUUUUAACAACAGGAAUCUGGAUGCCCUACUUAGAGCUACGAGAUACACGUUGGAAUCUCUUCGUAAACGUAUCACAUCUAGCUCUAUGGCUCAUUACAUAGGUGAUACUUCCUAUGGGGAUGGUAAAAAAGAUAGUCGACCAUUCUUUAGGACUAACGCUGUCCUAGCUAUACCUAAUAUUAUCAUGCAGCCAGCAUUGGAUGAAGUACAACAAGCCUUAAAUAAAGUUGUACAAACCAUCAUCAGUGUCAGCAAGGGUGUUGCACUAUGGAGCAAAGAACGCAAGAAAACGAUCAAGACUCCCCCCUUAGAACGUUCUUCAUCUGCACUUGGAGAUUAUUCUAUUGACAGACGUGUGAGUGUAGUAAGUUUGGUAUCUGAUGGCUCCCAUCUUGAUGGUAGACGACGUAUAGAAGGUGAACAGUUGUCAUCUAGUAUGGUGAUACAACAACAGGCUAAGAAUUACUAUAAGAGUGUGUCGGAUAACAAAGAGAUCGCAAAACUUGCUUCUCUGCUCUCUACUUCCAUUAAUUCAACUAAAAAGGAAAUUACAACAGCCCUAGAAAAGUUUUCUCACUACCAUUCUAUAUGGGCUCGUAAUAGAGAAGAGGAACUUGAAGCCUUCUUGAAAGAAGAUCCUAAGCUAUCUGAAUUUGAAGCUAAGAUUCGUCAUUAUGAACAAUUAGAAAUUCAGAUAAUGGCCGAACCAGAAUAUUAUGAUGUUGGAGCUAUAGCUCUUUACACUGAGAAACUGAAGCUUGGUCUUACCACCGAGACUAAAGCUUGGCGUCUGCACUUCGGUAAAGCUUGUGAUGAUAAAUAUCAUAUGGAAAUGGAAGAAAUCUUCACCUUUAUUGAAGAUAUGACUAAACGUCUUAAUCGUCCUAUCAAAGAUCUUGAUGAUAUACGAUUUUCUAUGCAAGCCUUACGAGAAAUUCGUGAGAAUGAGAUUCGAAUUGAUAUGAGCCUUGGUCCUAUUGAGGAAUCAUAUGCCUUGAUAAAUAAACAUGAUUUACCUGUGGUGAAAGAAGAUGCUGAGAAAUGUGAUACAAUGAGAUACUCAUGGGAAAAACUGAAUGCUCAAGCCUCUGCUGUCCAGUCCCAUCUAUUGGAAAUUCAGCCUAACUUCCGAGGAAAUCUAAUAGAUAAUGUUAAAGUAUUUGUUGUAGAUUGUAAUAAUUUCUACAAUGAGUAUGAUGAGGCUGGUCCAAUGGUACCUGGAGUAAAACCAAGAGAAGCAUCAGAUCGACUGAUUGUAUUCCAAAAUCAGUUUGAUACUUUGUUCCGUAAAUAUCAGACAUAUUCAGGUGGCGAGGAACUGUUCGGACUACAAGUUACAGAGUACCCUAAACUUCAUCAAAUUCGAAAGGAACUGAAUUUACUGCAGAAAUUAUAUGGUUUAUAUAAUGAUGUUAUUGAUACAGUACAUGGUUACUAUGAUAUUCUAUGGCAGGAAGUUAAUAUUGAUAAAAUUACACAAGAAUUACAAGAUUUCCAGACAAGAUGCCGUAAACUACCAAAAGCUUUGAAAGAUUGGCCAGCUUUUGAUGAUUUAAAGAAGACAAUUGAUGAUUUCAAUGAAAUGGUUCCAUUGUUAGAGUUGAUGGCUAACAAAGCUAUGAAAAACCGUCAUUGGCAACGUAUGUCCGAUGUCACUGGACAUGUUUUUGAUAUUGAAAGUGAAUCGUUUACAUUGAGGAACAUUCUAGAGGCACCGUUACUUAAAUAUAAAGAAGAAAUUGAGGAUAUCUGCAUCUCAGCUGUUAAAGAAAAGGAUAUCGAAGCUAAACUGAAACAAGUAACUUUAGAUUGGAGUACCAAAGAGUUUACAUUUGGCAGCUUCAAGAGUCGUGGGGAAUUGUUAUUGCGAGGUGAUACUACAUCAGAAAUUGUGUCUAUUAUGGAGGAUUCACUUAUGGUUCUGAGCUCACUGCUGAGUAACAGAUAUAAUGCACCAUUUAAGAAGAACAUCCAACACUGGGUACAGAAUUUAACCAAUUCAUCAGAGAUAAUAGAGAAUUGGAUGACCGUACAGAAUCUCUGGGUUUAUUUAGAAGCUGUGUUUGUUGGUGGAGAUAUAGCUAAACAGUUACCCAAGGAAGCUAAAAGAUUUAGUAAUAUUGAUAAAUCCUGGGUGAAGAUCAUGACCCGAGCUCACGAGACAUCACAGGUUGUACAAUGUUGUGUUGGUGAUGAAACACUCAUGCAACUGCUGCCACAUUUACUGGAACAAUUAGAACUUUGUCAAAAAUCAUUGACAGGAUAUCUUGAGAAGAAACGUCUCUCAUUUCCACGAUUUUUCUUUGUGUCUGAUCCAGCCUUGCUAGAAAUAUUGGGUCAAGCCAGUGACCCUCAUACCAUCCAGGCUCACUUGCUCAGUGUCUUUGACAACAUCAAAACUGUUAAAUUUCAUGAUAAAUUCUAUGAUCAUAUCCUGGCCAUUGAAUCAUCUGAAAAAGAAACAAUUGAGUUAGAAAAGUUUGUGAAAGCAGAAGGUAAUGUAGAAGUGUGGUUAAUGUCCUUGCUACAGAUGUCACAGAAAUCAGUACAUGGUGUUAUUAGAACUGCUGCCAUGGCUAUACAAGACACUAGUUUUAAUUUACUAGAGUUCUUAAACAUGUUUCCAGCCCAAAUUGGUUUAUUAGGUAUUCAGAUGAUUUGGACUCGUGAUUCGACUGAAGCUCUGACCAAUGCUAAAUAUGACAAGAAGAUAAUGCAGCAGACAAAUCAAGGUUUCUUGGAUUUACUCAAUAAACUUAUUGAUAAAACAACACAGGAUUUAGGCAAAGUAGAAAGAACAAAGUUUGAAACUUUGAUCACCAUACAUGUACAUCAAAGAGAUAUCUUUGAUGAUCUAGUCAGAAACCACAUCAAGUCUCCAACAGAUUUUGAAUGGAUGAAACAGUCCCGAUUCUAUUUUAUAGAAGAUCAAGAUAAAUGUUUGAUUUCUAUCACAGAUGUAGACUUUGUGUAUCAGAAUGAGUUUUUAGGUUGUACUGAGAGACUGGUUAUUACACCAUUGACCGAUAGAUGUUACAUCACUCUCGCCCAGGCAUUAGGUAUGUCUAUGGGAGGUGCUCCAGCUGGACCUGCAGGUACUGGAAAGACAGAAACUGUCAAAGAUAUGGGUCGAUGUUUAGGAAAAUAUGUUGUUGUAUUCAACUGUUCUGAUCAGAUGGAUUUCAGAGGUCUUGGAAGAAUAUUCAAAGGUUUAGCACAAUCUGGAUCUUGGGGAUGUUUUGAUGAAUUUAAUCGUAUUGACCUGCCUGUGUUGUCAGUUGCUGCUCAACAAAUUGCCAUUGUCUUGAGCUCUAAGAAAGAACGAAAGAAGAACUUUAUCUUUACUGAUGGAGAUAAUGUUGAUCUUAAUCCUGAAUUUGGUAUCUUUUUAACCAUGAAUCCUGGUUAUGCUGGUCGUCAAGAAUUGCCAGAGAAUUUGAAAAUUAAUUUCCGUACAGUAGCUAUGAUGGUGCCAGAUAGGCAAAUUAUUAUCCGUGUUAAACUGGCUGCUGUUGGUUUUAUAGAUAAUAUAACCCUUGCUAGAAAAUUCUACACGCUGUAUAAACUGUGUGAGGAACAGCUUACUAAACAGGUUCAUUAUGAUUUUGGAUUGAGAAACAUUCUGUCUGUAUUGAGAACUCUGGGAGCAAAUAAACGUCUUAACCCAACAGAUACAGAAUCAACUAUUGUCAUGAGAGUGUUACGUGACAUGAAUCUAUCCAAACUAGUGGACCAAGAUGAACCAUUGUUCUUGUCUCUGAUCAACGAUUUAUUUCCUGGUAUAACAUUAGAUAAGGCUGGGUAUCCAGAACUGGAGAAAGCAAUAACUGAUAAUGUUGAUGAAGCCAAGUUGAUCAAUCAUCCAGCAUGGACGCUUAAACUUGUACAGUUGUUUGAAACUCAACGUGUACGUCAUGGUAUGAUGGCAUUAGGACCAAGUGGUGCUGGUAAAACGUCAUGUAUUCAUAUGUUGAUGAAGGCUAUGUCAGAUUGUGGUGAACCACACAAAGAAUGGCGUAUGAAUCCUAAAGCUAUAACAGCACCACAGAUGUUUGGACGACUUGAUGUUGCAACAAAUGAUUGGACAGAUGGUAUAUUCUCUACUUUAUGGAGAAGAACCACCAGAGUUAAGAAAGGUGAACAUAUAUGGCUAGUACUAGAUGGACCAGUUGAUGCCAUUUGGAUUGAAAAUUUAAAUUCUGUAUUAGAUGAUAAUAAAACUCUCACCUUGGCUAAUGGAGAUCGUAUACCAAUGGCACCCAACUGUAAAAUUAUAUUUGAGCCACACAAUAUCGAUAAUGCUUCUCCGGCUACGGUAUCUAGAAAUGGUAUGGUUUAUAUGAGUAGUUCGGGUCUGCAUUGGGAACCAAUCUUACAGGGUUGGUUGCUCCAUAGACCUAAUUUUGAGAAGGAUAUAAUCCUCAAUCUGUUUAAAGACUCUUUCCCAUUUAUAUUGAGAUACGCUGUCCAGAAUCUGGUAUUCAAAAUGGAAGUAUUGGAGGCUUUCAUUAUUACACAGGCUACUAAAUUAAUGUCAGGACUAAUUCCUCUAAAAGAUGAUAAAGAAGGCGGUCAUUAUACCAAGGAACAUUAUGAGAAACUCUACAUCUUUACCCUUAUGUGGAGUGUUGGAGCUUUUCUUGAAUUAGAUGAUAGAGCAAAGAUGGAGGAAUUUAUUAGAAAGAAUGAUUCUUUUAAACUGAAACUUCCUGAAAUUCCUGCAGGAUCUGAUUCCACUAUGUUUGAUUAUCUAGUUGAUACAGAUGGAUCAUGGAUUCACUGGAACCAGAGAGUAACAGAUUACAUCUAUCCAUCAGAUCAUACACCAGAAUAUUGUAACAUCUUAGUACCUAAUGUAGACAAUGCCCGUACAGAGUUCUUGAUAAAAACUAUUUGUAAGCAAGAACAAGCUGUAUUAUUGAUAGGAGAACAGGGUACAGCUAAAACCGUUAUGAUAACUAAUUAUAUGAAUCAUUAUAAUCCUGAAGAACAUUUGGCACAAUCCGUCAACUUCUCUUCUGCUACAACACCGUUACUCUUCCAGAGGACCAUAGAAAGUUAUGUUGAUAAACGAGUUGGUACUACGUAUGGUCCACCAGCUGGUAAAAAGAUGACUGUAUUUAUAGAUGAUAUUAAUAUGCCUGUAAUUAAUGAGUGGGGAGAUCAGAUAGCUAAUGAAAUAGUUCGACAGUUGAUGGAAACAAAAGGUUUUUAUAAUUUAGAGAAACCUGGAGAUGUUAUCAAUUUAGUUGAUAUGCAGUUCUGUGCUGCUAUGAUUCAACCAGGAGGAGGUAGAAAUGAUAUACCACAACGUUUAAAACGACAAUUUGCCAUCUUUAACUGUACUCUACCAUCAAACCCAUCUAUUGAUAAAAUCUUCUCCAUUAUUGGUACUGGCCAUUUCUGUAGUGAACGAGGCUUUUCUGAUAAUGUCCGGAGUUUGGUAAAGAAAUUAAUUUCUGUUACCAGACGACUCUGGCAAUUAACCAAGAUCAAAAUGUUGCCAACUCCAGCUAAAUUCCAUUACAUCUUUAAUUUACGGGAUUUGUCACGUAUCUGGCAGGGCAUGUUAAAUACUGAAUCAUCAGUUGUAACUACACCAGAAAUAUUAAUGGGAUUAUGGAAACAUGAAUGUUGUCGAGUCAUAGCUGACAGGUUUGUGAAUCCUGAAGAUGGACACUGGUUUGAUAAGACAUUGAAACGAGUUGUGGCAGAAGAUUUAGGAGAAGAAAAUGUCAACCUUGUAAACCCUACAUUGCAUUUUAGUGAUUUCUUGAGAGAUGCACCUGAAGCUACAGGAGAGGAACCAGAUGAUGCAGAUUUUGAUAUGCCGAAGGUGUAUGAACCUAUUGAAUCACUACAACAAUUAGAAGAAAGAUUGGGCUUUUUCUUACAACAGUAUAAUGAUAGUAUCCGUGGUGCUGGUAUGGAUCUGGUAUUUUUUAAAGAUGCCAUGAUACAUUUGUUGAAAGUUUCUAGAAUAAUACGAACUCCGAGAGGACAUGCAUUACUUGUAGGUGUUGGUGGAUCUGGCAAACAAUCUUUGACACGAUUAGCUUCAUUUAUUGCAGGCUAUAAAACAUUUCAGAUUACUUUAACCAGAUCAUACAACGUAUCUAACUUAUUAGAAGAUUUGAAGUAUCUCUAUAGAACGGCUGGUCAACAGGGAAAAGGAAUAACAUUUAUAUUUACUGAUCAAGAAAUUAAAGAUGAAGGUUUCUUAGAAUAUCUCAACAAUAUGUUGUCAUCUGGUGUGGUUGCUAAUUUGUUCGCUCGUGAUGAAAUGGAUGAGAUAUUAGGAGAAUUGGUUCCUAUCAUGAAGAAGGAGUUUCCAAGACGACCACCAUCCAAUGAAAAUCUAUAUGAAUAUUACUUGUCGAGAGUUCGUAAUAAUCUGCAUAUCUCUCUCUGUUUCUCACCUGUUGGAGAGAAGUUCAGACAGAGGGCUCUGAAGUUCCCUGGACUGAUUUCUGGUUGUACCAUGGAUUGGUUCCAGAGAUGGCCAAAGGAUGCUUUAAUAGCUGUAGCUGAUCAUUUCCUCUGUAAUUUUGACAUUAAAUGCAGUGAUGAGGUCAAAAUUCAAGUUAUACAUUCUAUGGGAACCAUACAUGACGGUGUAGCUGAAAGCUGUGUGGAAUAUUUCCAAAGGUAUCGACGCUCUACUCAUGUAACACCUAAGUCUUACCUAUCAUUUAUCAAUGGAUAUAAAACUAUUUAUUCCAACAAGAAAGAAGAAAUUGGAGAUCUAGCUAAAAGGAUGACAACAGGUUUGGAAAAACUGAUAGAAGCCUCGUUAGCGGUUGCAGAAUUGAAGAAAGAUUUAGCUGUUAAAGAAAAAGAAUUGGCCAUUGCUUCGGAAAAAGCUGAAAAGGUAUUAAAAGAGGUAACAGUAAAAGCUCAAGCUGCGGAAAAAGUUAAAAAUCAAGUACAGAAAGUAAAAGAUAAAGCCCAGGCUAUUGUUGAUAUGAUUGACAGAGACAAGGCUGUAGCUGAGGAGAAGUUAGAAGCUGCUAGACCUGCCUUGGAAGAGGCUGAAGCUGCCCUGAACACUAUUAAACCUGGUGAUAUAUCUACUGUACGAAAACUUGGUCGUCCACCACAUCUCAUCAUGAGAAUUAUGGACUGUGUAUUGCUAUUAUUCCAAAAUAAAGUCAAUGCUGUUAUAGUUGAUCCUGAAAAACCAGAAUUCCUUAAACCAUCAUGGUCAGAAUCUUUGAAGUUGAUGUCUGGUACCAACUUUUUACAAGCUUUGGUUACAUUCCCCAAAGAUUCUAUUAAUGAUGAAACUGUUGAAUUUCUAGAACCAUAUUUUAUGUCAGAAGAAUAUACUAUGGAAACAGCUAAACGCGUUUGUGGUAAUGUGGCUGGUUUAUGUGGAUGGACUAAGGCUAUGUCUUAUUUCUUUGGUAUCAACAAAGAAGUUUUACCACUAAAAGCCAAUCUAAUUGUACAACAAUCCAAACUAAAUUCUGCUAUGGCUGAUUUAAACGCUGCCCAGGAAACAUUGGAUGCUAAAGAGAAAGAACUGGCUGUUGUAAGAGGAGAAUAUGAAAAGGCCAUGGCAGAAAAACAGACUUUGGUAGACGAUGCAGAAACUUGCAGACGCAAGAUGAAUGCAGCAUCUGCUCUUAUUGAUGGAUUGGCAGGAGAAAAAGAAAGAUGGACAGAACAAAGUAAAGAAUUUCAAGCACAGAUUGGAAGGCUGGUUGGUGAUGUAUUGAUGUGUACAGCCUUCUUGUCAUAUUCUGGACCAUUUAAUCAAGAUUUCCGCAUUUUACUCAAUAAAAACUGGAUGAAAGAAUUGAAAACUAGAAAGAUACCAUACAGUGCCAAUCUAAAUGUCACUACCAUGUUAACAGAUCCUACUACUAUUGGUGAAUGGAAUCUUCAAGGUUUACCUAGUGAUGAAUUAUCAAUACAAAAUGGUAUUAUUGUUACUAAAGCUGCCAGGUAUCCAUUACUUAUUGACCCACAAGGUCAAGGUAAAUCAUGGAUUAAGAAUAGAGAGAUAAAGAAUGAAAUGCAGAUCACCUCACUGAAUCAUAAAUAUUUCCGUCAACAUUUAGAAGACUCCAUGUCUCUAGGCCGUCCAUUAGUAAUAGAAGACGUUGGUGAAGAACUGGAUCCAGCAUUAGACAAUGUCCUAGAGAAAAACUUUAUAAAAGUUGGAUCAACAUUGAAAGUGAAAGUAGGAGAUAAAGAAUGUGACAUAAUGAAAGGAUUUACUCUAUAUAUAACAACCAAACUACCCAAUCCCUCGUAUACUCCAGAAAUAUCAGCUGGUACAUCUAUUAUAGACUUUACUGUUACUAUGAAAGGUUUAGAAGAUCAGUUAUUAGGGAGAGUAAUCCUUACUGAAAAGGCUGAAUUAGAGAGUGAAAGAGUAAAUCUGAUGGAAGAAGUUACAUCCAAUAAAAGAAAAAUGAAAGAAUUAGAGGAUAAUUUACUCUUCAGACUGACCAGUACACAGGGGUCAUUAGUAGAUGAUGAAGAUCUCAUCAAUGUACUAAACACAACUAAAAUUACAGCUGAUGAUGUCAGUCAGAAACUGAAGAAUGCUGCUGAAACAGAAAUAAAGAUAAAUGCAGCAAGAGAAGAAUUCCGUCCUGUCGCUACCCGAGGCAGUAUUCUUUAUUUCUUGAUAACAGAAAUGAGUUUAGUGAAUGUUAUGUACCAGACAUCACUCCGUCAGUUCCUGGGUCUCUUUGAUAGAUCUCUAGCCAGAUCGAUUAAAUCACCCAUCACUCAGAAACGUAUACAGAAUAUCAUAGAAUUUAUGACAUAUGAGGUAUAUAGAUACGCUGUACGCGGUUUAUACGAGAAGGAUAAACUUACCUUCACCUUGCUGUUAGCCUUGAAGAUUGAUCUUCAAGCAGGAAAGAUUAAACAUGAAGAAUUUAUGACACUGAUUAAAGGUGGUGCAUCUCUUGAUUUAAAUGUUGUGACACCCAAACCACACAGAUGGAUUGUUGAUUUAACCUGGUUGAAUUUGGUUGAGUUGAGUAAUUUACAUCAGUUCUCUGGUGUAUUGGAUCAGGUAUCUAGAAAUGAAAAGAACUGGAAGACAUGGUUUGAUAAAGAUUGUCCUGAAGAAGAGAUUAUACCAGAUGGAUACAAUGAUUCGUUGGAUGUCUUCCGACGUCUGCUACUGGUCCGUUCCUGGUGUCCCGACAGGACUUUACCACAAGCUAAAAAAUAUAUUGCGGAUACACUGGGUGACAAAUAUGCAGAAGGUGUUAUAUUAGACAUGGAGAAGAUGUGGCAGGAGAGUGAUAAUCGUAAUCCAUUAAUCUGUCUUCUAUCUAUGGGAUCAGAUCCAACCAACAGUAUUGAAGGUUUAGCAAAGAAACACAGAAUAGAAUGUAAAGCCAUAUCUAUGGGUCAAGGUCAAGAAGUUCAUGCCAGACGACUCACAGCUUAUGGCAUCCAGAAUGGUGGUUGGUUAUUGCUACAGAAUUGCCAUCUUAGUUUAGACUUUGUUGUUGAAGUGAUGGACACCAUUCUUGAAACAGAAAAUAUAAAUGAUGAAUUCCGUCUGUGGGUUACAACAGAAGAACAUAUAAAGUUCCCCAUUAGUUUUCUACAGAUGGCAAUAAAAUUCACCAAUGAACCACCACAAGGUAUCAAAGCUGGUCUUAAACGAACCUAUGCUAAUGUUACACAAGAUUUCUUAGAUAUAUCUAAUAUGCCUCAGUGGAGACCAAUGUUAUACGCUGUAGGGUUCCUUCAUACUAUUGUACAAGAAAGAAGAAAAUUUGGUCCAUUAGGUUGGAAUAUACCUUACGAGUUUAAUACAGCUGAUUAUAAUGCUAGUGUACAGUUUGUACAGAAUCAUCUUGAUGAUAUGGAUAUAAAGAGGGGUGUUAACUGGACUUGUGUACGGUAUAUGUUGGGGGAAAUUCAAUAUGGUGGUCGUGUCACUGACGAUUUUGAUAAACGACUGCUCAAUACAUUUUGUUCUGAAUGGUUUGAGGAAAAAAUGUUUGGAAAUUUCCUCUUUAGUAAAGGCUACUCAAUACCUAAAUGUAAUAAAAUAAAUGAAUACCAUGAUUAUAUUAAUGAACUACCAGCUAGUGAUUCACCUGAAGUGUUUGGUCUACACGCAAACGCUGAUAUCACCUAUCAGAGUAAAACAGCUAAAGAUAGUUUAGAUACUAUUUUAAGUAUACAACCUAAAGACAGCAGCAGUGGUGGCGGUGAAACUAGGGAGAGUAUAGUUAAUAGACUGGCAGAUGACAUGUUGGAUAAAUUACCACCAGAUUAUGUACCUUUCGAAGUUACCAGUGCUCUUAAAAAAAUGGGAGAAUAUCAACCUAUUAACAUUUUCUUGAGACAAGAGAUUGACAGAAUGCAGAGAGUUAUAUCAACAGUACGCAGCACAUUACAAGAUCUGAAGUUAGCCAUAGAGGGUACAAUUAUUAUGAGUGAAAAUCUACGAGAUGCAUUAGAUUCUAUGUAUGAUGCUCGUAUACCCAAAUUGUGGAGCAAGGUAUCUUGGGAUUCAAGUACCCUUGGUUUCUGGUUUACUGAAUUGAUUGAUCGUAAUGCACAGUUCCACACAUGGUGUUUUGAGGGUCGACCUCUUUCUUUCUGGAUGACAGGCUUCUUUAAUCCUCAAGGUUUUCUUACUGCCAUGAGACAGGAGGUAACACGAGCACACAAGGGUUGGGCUUUAGAUAGCGUUGUUCUCAGUAAUGAUGUCACCAAAUAUCAAUCAAAAGAAGAUCUUAUCCAACCACCCACAGAAGGUGUCUAUGUUUAUGGACUCUUCCUGGAAGGAGCAGGAUGGGAUAAAAGAAACAACAAAUUAUAUGAACCACGACCUAAACAAUUAUUUGAUAUUAUGCCCAUUGUUCACAUUACAGCUGUGAACAGUUCGGGUGGUACAACCUAUGAUGUUAAAACUCAUUAUGUCUGCCCAAUAUACAAGAAACCAAGACGUACAGAUCUGACAUACAUAGCCAAUGUCACAUUAAAAUGUGCGCAAUCUGCAAACUCCUCACCCGCUCAUUGGAUCUUGCGAGGUGUAGCUUUACUUUGUGAUAUCAAAUAGAUCUGUAGUAUUAUUAUGUUAUUUUUUUUUUAAUUGUGUUUGUUAAGUAGUAAUGUAUGUGAUAAGUACAGAUAAUAUAUAAUAAAUAUAAAAUGUACAGUAUUAUUAACAGUCUGUGAUUAUUUUUCUAGUUUUUUUUUUUAUUGGUUGUUUCUUUUUCUUGUUACCAUCCUCCCAAUAUUUAUAUCCCAUUUAUUGUGAUCAUAAUUUUUGUUUAUUUUGAUCCUUGUUCAAUUUUUCAAGGUGGUUAUUAUUUAUUUGGCCUUUUGUUUACAUCAGCAUUAAUGUGAUUGAAUUAUUAAAUACCAGCAUUAAGUUUUGCAGAUGACUUAAAUAUAUCCUCUUGCAUAACAUAAUUAUAUACUUAUAGUAAAAUACCAGUAAAGCAAAUUUUAUUAUUUCAUUUUAAAGAAGCUAUUUUUGCAAUUAUUGACAUAUAAUUCUAUUUUGUAUAUGAAAAUCGGUAACUUAAAAAACUUUUUAUAAUUUAUUCUUUAUAGUCAUAUCUAUUAUUACAUUAUUCUUAUAGAAUAAACUAGUCUAAAUAAUUUAAAUCAGUGUUUUCUUGAAAAAAUAGUGAAAAUUAGCCAGUUCUUAUUGUUGAUUGUCAAGUACCAUUGCCAUGAUAAUAAAUAGUCUUGGUUGUCUAUCUUUUAUCAACAGUCUCUGGAUAUAUUAGCCGAUAUGGUGGGCAUGGUCAAAUCCACUCAAUAUCUAAGCCAUCUCUUGAUCUAGAGAGUGGAUUAUUAGCUUGUAUAACAUCUGGAGCUUGAAAAAUGUACAAUCCCUGU